AUGGAUCAAAUAAAAUGCCCAAUUUAAAAUCAUGAAAAUAAUAUUGAAAGAUUCUGUCAUUUUUAUAAUUGCGCUGAACCCACUAGACUUAUGUGUGAAACCUGCGAAAGAGAGCAAAGACAUAUAGCUACCCAUAAAGGUUGGGAAAAAAUAAAGGAAAUAUUCGAAUUUAUAGAAAAAAAAUAAAAAAAUUGCGAAAUAGAUAUUAUUGAAUAACUAGAUGAAUAGUUCAAAGUGCUUUAAUCAAAUUUUAUACAAUUAAGAGGUGGAUUGGAAUUAAAAUAUUUUUUACCUAAAAUUAAAAUUGAAAAAUAUAAUGGAGUUCAACUAAAUAAAUACUUGUGCGAUUUAGUAAAAUUACCAGAUAUUAUGGAAUAAUUCAGCAAUUUACUUGAAAAUUUCUAAACGCUCAUUAAGAAUAUAGUCGAUUUUUAAAUAGCAAAUAAUAUAAAUUGCAUCCAAAAAGCCGACGACAAUUAAUAAUUAUCUGAUUAUUACUAUGAAUAAGGUUAUAAAUUAUACGAAAUUGAUAAAUUUUAGUAAGCAAUAGAGGUUAUAGAGAAAUCUCUUAAAUAUAAUGAGAAGAAUAUUGAUUCUCUUUGGUGUAAAUCUACUUGCCUAAGCUUAUUGGGUAAUUAAAGUGAGGCUAUCAAAUGGAUUGACAAAGCCCUAUCUCUAGAUGAUAGCGAUUUGGAUUCAUUAUGUAGAAAGUCAGAAUGUUUAAAUUAAUAAGGAAAGCAUAAAGAAGCACUGAUAAUUAUCGAAAAAGCAGUAUCUAUAUAUCCUGAAUGUAUUGAUUCCUGGUUCAGAAAAGCUGAAUGUCUAAGCUUAUUAGGCUAACAAAUUGAAGCUCUCGAAAUAUUAGACGAAAUUUUAAUGGUAUAUCCUAACAAUACAGAUUUUUUGUGGAGAAAGGCUGAGUGUUUAAGUCUAUUAGGUAAGCAUUAAGAAGCUAUAAAAUUGGCUGAUGUCAUUUUGAAUGUCAAUCCCAAACAUGUUAACACACUAAGCAGAAAAGCCUAGUGCUUAAGUUUAUUAGGGUUGUAAGUAGAAGCUAUGAUAUGGAUAAAUGAAGGAUUGUUAAUUGAUAAAAAUCAUAUAAAUUUAUUAAGGAUUGGAGCUAAAUGCUUGAGCCUAUUAGGAAAGAAAAAGGAAGCAAUCGAAAUGAUUGAAAGAAUAAGUUCAUAAGAUUUGCAAACAUUAAUUAUAAAAUCAGAAUGCUUAUUUAAUUUGGGAAAAGUGGAAGAAAGCCUAAAAGUUAUAAAUCAAGCUCUUAUUUUCUAUGGAAACAAUCUAGAUUUGAUUUUGAAAAAGAUUGAACUGUUAAUGGCAUAAAGAGAGUAUUCAAAAGCUUUAGUUGAAAUAAAUAAAGUGUUAGGAAACAAUUAAAAUAAUAUAGAUCUUUUGUGGAUGAAGGGUGAAUGUCUAUAUAGGAAUGAUAUGGAACUAUAAGCCAUUUAAGUUUUAGAAUAAGCUUUGAAAUUAAAUUAACAUCAUCCAAAAUCAUUAUUAACAAAAGGAAAUUGUUUAUUUUUCACCAAAAACUACUAAAAGGCACUUUAAUGUUACACAUAACUUCUGGAAGAAAACCCAAAUCAUCUAGAAGCUCAAGAUUAAAAAUAAUAAUGUGAAAAGCAUUUAUCAAAUAAAUGA